AUGUCUAAUGAUGUGAAUUUCGACCAAACAACAUGCAUCUUAAAUAACCCAUAUUUGAGUAUUAGACGUUACCGAAGAAAAGAUGAAGUAAAAUCUUCUUCCAAAGACCCUGUUCCAGAAAAGGAAGCUGAGCCGAUUGUAAAUGAUGAUGACGAUGAGGAAACCAAGAUGAUGAAAUUGAUGGGCUUUGGCGGAUUUGACACUACCAAGAAUAAGCAUGUUGCAGGUACUGAUGUUUCGGCUGCAAAUAUCCGUAAACCCAUCAAAUAUAGACAAUACAUGAAUCGACGCGGAGGUUUCAAUAGGUAA